CGGCAGGGAUUGAGAAUUGUUGACCACACUCUCAUCAUCUCUCUCUCUUUCUUAUCUUCACUGUUUCAUCUUUUCAUUCGGAUUAAAUUUAUAUUUUCUGUCAUAAAAUUUAUACUCUUAACUCUCAUGAAUUAUUGGUCUCUAGAAUAGUUUAUAAGUAACAAUCUAAUUUGUACGGAUGUCUCUUGUGAUGUCGAAGAAUUAAGAAAUAAAGAAAGAGCUAGGGAACAUGGAUUUUGAGGAGCAAGAAGAAGAUAUGGAGAUGUCCGGUGUUAAUCCCCCCGGUGGUUACGACUCUCUGAGCGGCGAGGGAGCUACAUCUAGCGGCGGAGGAGGAGGAGGAAGGAAUAAAGGCGUUGGAGGGAAGAUGAGGUAUAGAGAGUGCUUGAAGAACCAUGCCGUUAACAUAGGCGGCCACGCCGUGGACGGAUGCUGCGAGUUCAUGCCUUCCGGUGAAGAUGGUACACUCGACGCUCUCAAGUGUGCAGCUUGUGGCUGCCACCGCAACUUCCACCGAAAGGAAACUGAAAUCGUCGGCGGUAGGGGCCAGAGAGUUCCCACGUACUACAACCGCCCGCCGCAGCCCCAUCCACCGCCUGGAUAUCUUCAUCUAACAUCUCCCACGGCGGCAGGGCAGCCUUAUAGGCCACCCAUGGCGUCGGCGGACGAGGAGGAUACAUCGAAUCCGAGCAGCAGCGGCGGGAACACGGCGAAGAGGUUCAGAACGAAGUUCACGGCGGAGCAGAAGGAGAAGAUGUUAGCCUUUGCGGAGAGGUUGGGGUGGCGAAUUCAGAAGCACGAUGACGUGGCUGUUGAGCAGUUCUGUGCGGAGACUGGUGUUAGGAGACAAGUGCUUAAAAUCUGGAUGCAUAACAACAAGAACUCUCUUGGUAAGAAACCCUAAUUUUGCUCAGACAUGAUUUCAAACACUAGAAGAUCAUGAUUGUUUCGUUUUUGGUAUGACUCUUUCUGUAACUACUUUUAAUUAGUAGUUAUAUGUUUUUCUUUUUUUUUCUGGACAUAUAUAGUUUCUUCUUUUAGUUAA